GUCUUUAUUUAUGUAACGUAAUGGUGUAACACACUAACCUGGAAUCGUGCCCGUAUGCGGAGUGCCUAGCAAAAGGGGAUUAUCGGCACCCACGAGAAUAUUUCACAUAUUCCGGCUCGGUUCAUGGACUUGUUGGUUGCCUUUGGAUCGUGGGAGAAGCGGCGCACUCAACAAUAGCAGAGUUUUGUCUUUACCUGAUGGAGAAGGAAACGCGUCACGGUUGCCAAAUACUCUAAAAUUAUAUUAAUGUCGACAGGUUAGCUAGAACGACUUCAUCAGAUAGGCGAAGACAAUGAGUGGAAUAGGCAUUAACAGUGGCUAAUUUGAGCACAUUUGAGCGAAUGGGUUCAUGUGGGGACGAGUUCACUUCUGCCGUGUGACACUAAUGCUAAAUGACGCACACUCGAAGAGCAGAGUCUUCCCGUGUGCUUGGAUUGUAGGCGAAGAGAAAUAAUUGCCACUGAAUACUGUGCUGAAACAAUACCACUUCCAUGGAGCUGCUCGAGUGCCGACUUUGCCUCUUUCCCAUGUGGGAACCGGUGACCAUACCUUGCGGUCACACAUUCUGCAGGAGGUGCGCAGUGACGUACCUCCCGUCUAAAUGUCCGACCUGCAAAGAGAGGUUAAAACAGAGGGAAAUGAGGAACGGGAAAAACAACGUUCUACUCAUCCGUGUCAUUGAGAAAUGCUGGCCCGAGGAUGCAAAGAUUAAGCGGCACUUGCAGGAGAAGCUACGAGCCAAGCAAUACCAGGAGGCUUUGCGCGUUGCCAACGACGGAAUACACCAAGUCCCCGAAGACCCAAGUCUGAAGUUAUACAGAGCUGAAGCGAACUGUGGCCUGCUGCGUUUCUCUGAUGCUCUAGCGGACCUUGAUUACCUUUGCUGUCUUAGGCCAUUAUGGAUUGAGGGCUUUUUUCGAAAAGGGAACAUACUACUGGAAAUGGCUCAGCAAACAGAAUCCCUCAUCCAGUUUCAUCAUUGCCUAAAACUUCAAGCUGACUUUGUUCCUGCUAAGAAUCAGAUUAAGAAGAUUUUGGAAGCAGAAGGCAUCUCGGUGCCAGAGGACGUAUCCUGCAUUAUCCAGGUGUUAGCUGAGUACUUAAAAACUUCCUACCCCGUUAAAAGCCUCAGUGGCACCCUGGUAACACACCCUGAGGACCUCAAACAUCCAUAUGGGGACGCAAUGGGCAAAGAUAGGAGAGACGCACACCAGGUGCGCGCUUCAGAUGGGACCUCAAAAGCGAAGCACGACAAUAGCACAGAGUGUUGCCUGAGCCUCUGCCAAGCUGUUUCUUUCCUGCCUGCUAGUGAAGAUGAUGAGGAUAUGACAAGAAAGGAGGAUGUGAAUGGCAGCGGUGCCAGGGAUAAAACUCUGAGUGUACUCAGUGUGUCAGACUUUGAGUGCCCGCUCUGCAUCAGGUUGUUUCAUGAGCCAGUUACCACUCCAUGUGGUCACACUUUCUGCAAAAACUGCAUCGAGAGGAGUCUGGACCACAACCUCCGUUGUCCACUCUGUAAGCAGCCACUACAAGAGUACUUGAAAAAUAGGAAGUAUAACAUCACUGUUGUAGUUCUGGAUAUCAUGGACUGCCUUUUCCCUGCACAGUUGGCGGAAAGGAAACAAAUCCAUGAUGCUGAAAUGGCUGAGCUUUCAAACCUCACUAAGGACAUCCCUAUAUUUGUUUGCACUGUGGCCUACCCAGGUGUGCCGUGCCCACUGCAUAUCUUUGAACCUCGAUACAGACUGAUGAUGCGUCGCUGUAUGGAGACAGGAACAAAGAAGUUUGGCAUGUGUAGUUAUGAACAUGGAAAAGGAUUUGCAGACUAUGGCUGUAUGCUGGAGAUCCUUAGCCUGGAGCUGCUACCUGAUGGCCGGUCUUAUGUGGACAGUGUGGGUAGCAGCAGGUUCAGAGUCUUAAAAAGAGGCUUAAGAGAUGGGUACCACACUGCAGAUAUUGAGUAUCUGGAGGAUAACAAGGUUGAAGGAAGUGAAUUGGAACUCCUGCAGCGUCUGCAUGACAGUGUCUAUCAACAGGCUCAGGACUGGUAUCAACGCCUCGGCAGCCGCAUGAGAGAACAGAUAAACAGGCAAUAUGGUAUCAUGCCUAGUAUUGAGGAGAACAUUCAGGCCUCAUCAAACGGUCCAGCUUGGUGCUGGUGGCUGCUCUCUGUCCUCCAGCUGGACCCUUCCUAUCAAACCACGGUCCUCUCCCUCUCCUCGCUAAAAGACCGUCUUGGUCAUCUACGCCUCAUUCUUGAGUACUUCUCUCAAAGCUAAACGCAGUAUAAUCGUGGGAUUACUGAUUUCAAAGGCUGGGACUCUUUACGUACGUAAAGACUAUUUCAGUGAGUUGAAGAACUUCUGAGCUCACAUAUGUCACAUUUUUGGGGCUAAACUAAACUGAAAUGCAAAAGAGGAUUGUUAAUGUCAUAAGGCCAAAUCAUACGGUCAAAACAAAUAAUUUUAUAGGUAAGAAAACCUGAGGAAGUUGUGUAAAGUUUGGUUUGAUAGCUUGAUAAUAGCAUAUAUCCUUAAGGGAAAAAAAACUCAUACGAAAGUCUCUCAACACACAUAUGCAAGCUUUCAGUGUCCUUCACCCCUUUUCUUGUGUAAUUUCUAGCUAAAACUUGUAAAUGAAAAUUAUCUUUAAAAGUCACUUAAAAUUUACCCAUGUGUGAAACAUUUGGGUCUCAGGUUGUACACAGAAGGAGUAGACAACAGUACAAUUAUCUGGGUUAAAAAAAUAAAUGUUGUUGUUUUCACACAUCCCUUUAUAAGCAGAUCAGGAUGUUCCAAUAUCAUGUAUAGCUUUUAAAAAGGAUUACUGAAAUAACAGUGAAAAUCAGUUAUACAGGUAUAAGGAGUAAUUUCUCCUGGACUAUGCAAAUUUAGAUUUACAAGAAAAGCAUAUUCAUUGCUUAUUAUUAUUUUGGCUUUACCGACUCAUUGUCCUAUUCUCAUGUUUACCUCAUGCUAAUAUUCUUUGGCCAUAUGAGAGCCAUUUGGUAUGGCUCAUUUUAUAUACUUUUGAAUCGUGACUUUAUCCAUGUUUUGUAUUUUGUGAUUGUUGCAAUAAUAUGUUAGUGUCGUGUGUACUUGCACCUACUUGAAGGCGAUGUCCUUAUACAGUAAAUGUAUGCCAACAAUAUUUUUGCUAACUGAUAUUGUUGGUCACUUUGUGGUAGACAAGAUAUUGUUUCAACAGCUGAAUUUGAUAGUCAAGUACAGGCAUCGUUGAAUGUGUUCUGGGUUGGGAAUUAUUUUUCCUGAAAACAUUUUUGUUUUCUUUUUUCUGUUGUGUGGCCUCAUUCAAGGUCAACCUAACAGCUCCAUCAAGGGGCAUUCAGACUUAUAAACCAGUUCAAUUGCUGAAUUGCUAAAUUUGAUCUACUGCAUCUGGCCCAAACCGUGUCACAGCAGGUUUGUAGGGGGCCCUCUGCCUGCCGUCAUUCAUAUUGCUUGGAGUGCCUUGGUUGUGAAAAAUAUCUGCAAAUCUUACACAGCACAAUUUCUACAUCACAUUAAAAUGACAACAUACAGUCUUUCUGGCAUCAUUUUAUAUGGAUUAAGUGCUACAUUCCAUUGAUUGCCAAAGCUGCAUGGUAAACAUUGUUAAUUCACAACAUGCUUAACUUGGUGUAACUAUACAGUACUUUUUUUUUGUUUUUUGAUUUUUUUUAUUAUAAACCUGAAAUGUGCCAUGCAUUGUGUGAUUUGUAGAAAUACUGGUUCUAAGUGUAUGUUUUGUAAUAUUAAAGUUUGAAUUAAGAUUAAAUUAAAAUGAAACUUUCCAAUACUGACUUUUGUAUGGUGAAUCACACUUGCAGGUUCACUUUGUACAUUGCAAUACUUUAGCAUGUCUAACUUUUUAAUAAUUUGACUAAAAGAGCAACACAUGACUUCAUCCACUCUAAUGCAACUUUAUCAAACUUUAUUUAUUUAUUUAUUUAUUUUUGCUGGGCUGGAAAGAUGUACCACUUAUUUACGCGGGUUUUAUGACACUGAUCUUGUUACCGCAAAACCAGUAAUGGAAAUCACUGUUUGGGGGCUUUAUCCAUAGGCGGCGUUUGACUUAAAGGCAUGUUGAUGACCCCAAGACGCAGUGUCAGCAAUAAAAUUAACAUACAAGAAUAUUCAUAAUAAUAACUUUAAAAUGAGCGUUUUUUUGUUUCCCAUCAUUUUUGAGGGGAAUUCUAAACCAGGCUGCUUAGGAUAGCAAUACUUUUCGCCAAGAUCGUCAUCCAUUGAAUAUGGUACGCCCGCCUGUGUCGUGCCAAUGUAGUCACCCCAGUCAAAAAUUGUAUCCCCUGGACAGAGCCAUAUGGAAGUAGAUUUGUUUCUUCAUUAUUCAAUCAAAAAUGUGUUUGAAUGCAAAAAUAAAUUUGAAAAUCAAAAAAAUUUGAAAGGUAUUUUUCUUUGAAUUAUUUUUUUUUUGAUUGAAGUCACUUUUUUUUUUUUUUUUUUUUUGCGUUUGGGUCACAUUUUGUCUAGGACAUUUGUGUCAUAAUUAUUCCAUCAAAAAGUUGCUUCAAACAAACAAAAAAUUUCAAACGAAAAAUCACUUAAAUAAAAAAAAAGAACAAUUUCAAUCAAAAAAAGUUUUUGAAUGCGAAAAAAAUAUUUGAGACUCAAAUAUUUGCAUUCAAACACUUCAUUUUUCAUUGAUUAUAGCAAUCCCUUUUCUGUUUGGGCCAUAUUAUGGGUAAGACAUUUGUGUCUAAAUCAUUUAAUCCCCCAAAAAGUUGUUUCAAUUAAAAACAAACAAACAAACAAACAUUUUCAAACAAAGAAAACAAUCAUUUGAAAAAAAAAUUGCCCUUCCCUAAUUUAAAAAAAAAAAAAAAAUAUGCAAAGCAAAUGACCGUCUAAGGUGCUAGUCACAUGAUCUGUUCGAAAAAUAAUUUUGACCGAUUAUAAAAAUAUCUUUUGUUCAUUUCAUUAUUUUUGUUGCUUGUUUUACUGCUUUACAACUUUUAUAUAUACAUAGGAACGUCAAUUACGUGCAAUGACACUUUUCGGCCACCAGAGGGGGUCUGGCCCCCCUUAAACUCCGCUGAUGGCUUUAUCUGGAAACACAGAUGUGUGAUGUUUGUAUUUUUGCCCACCAAAUGACUCAGGUGUACCUAAUUAUAUAGUAGAUCUAAAAUAGAUCUUGAUCUCAUAUAACUCAUAUGUACAUACUGUGCUAUCAGAUUUCAUUGCAACUGAAGAGCACCACUUUCUACUGUAGGAUAUUGUAAGGUCAGCUAUUGUACAUGCAGUACUGAAGCCUAAAGGUGACUAUAGGAUGAUUAACAUGUGGUACUAUAAUUUAUUAGAGCAUUUGGUUUAGGACAUAAAAUGGAAGGUGGAUUUGUUAUCCAGUCAGUUUUGUUGUCUAUGUGUUGGUUUGUUGUGUUAAAUGCAUCCAUACUCAUAGAUUUCAAGUGAAGCAUUACACUGCAAUUAAAACUCCUCCUUUUUUUUUUUUUUUUACCUUAACAGGCCAACCAUUAACUCUUGUGUAAAUGAACUACGAAUUUGUAAAAGUCCCAAAAACCUCUAAACAAAAAUGAAUUCUCCUAAAUCUCCUCUCCAAUCACUGACAAAAUAAAUAUUCCAUACCUUUUUAAGGAAAGGCACUUUGAUGAUUGCUAUUGAGGAAUUUACUGCUAUGAAUUCUGGUCUAUUGGUCAGUGGGCCUUCUGAAGACAUGAGUUCCUCAUGUUUGUACACGUCAAAACUGCCAAGCAGAUUUUUUUCCAGUAAUGUCUGAUUUGGAAAAGACGUUUUCAUAAAACAAUAUGUGUAAUAUUCCAUUUCUAACCUUUUCGAUGUUAAAUAAAGUGU